AUGUUUACUAUACUCAUUGUUGGUCACUGUAUGAAAGGUAGAAUGGCUGAUGCAAUCGGUAUUCUCAAUAAGAUGUUGACCAUCGGUUGUACUCCAGAUAGCAUUAUCAUAAGUUCGUUGACGUCUUGCCUUUUGAAAGAUGGGAUGGCUAGUGAAGCGUUUCGAGUAAAGCACAUGCUAGUGGAAGACCUCAACUUUUGGUGA